UCUCUCUUACCUGAAAGACAGACAGGAUUGUUAAACUUGCCAUAAUGUCGGGAGGGAACUGCUUCAACGAGUCCCACAACAUGCAGAGGAUGCAGGUCCCGUCCCAUCUUGCCCCAUCCUUGUCUCCGGGCCUGCGGCGCAAGCAGCUGAUGUGGAAGAAUGCCGUCAAGCACAUCAUCAGCCAGCCUGAGCUAAAGGAGCAGUAUGGUGGCGAGCCAGCACACAAGAUUUAUGUCACUGACGUCUACAUUGAGGAAAUAAACCAACAGAUACGCAGCAAGACAUCACGUGGUUGCACCAAACGCCGUUCCUCUGUAGUCCGUGUUCAUCCAUCCUUUUUCAGAGAGCAAAACUGUUCCAACAGCGUGCAGGCAGGUGUAACGGCUGAGUUUGCCAGUGACGCUGAUUUUUUUGUGCGCCCGGGUGGUACUAUUCGUGGAGUCUAUGUCCCAACUCUGAGACACACCUUCAAAUCUCGUGAUCUGGAGAAGCUCUACCAGAGGCACUCAUCACACACCAGACGUACCUCACUGGUGGUCACGAACAUUAUAGACGCUGCUGCAAAGCUCCACCUGCUGGUCCUGUAUCUGGCCCUCGCCCCAGAUGGAAUACACCCACUACAUGCCUGGAUAACUGGCUUUUUCAUAGCAUUUGCAUUAUUGCUUUGUGUUCUUGUGUUCACCUGCAAGCGUUCCCAUUUUCCAGAGUGGCUACAUUAUGCUGGCAUGGCCAGCUGGCUGUCACAGACUAUCCAGGUGCUGGUUAGACUUGGGUACGGACUAGAAAAUGACCCAUCCUGGUAUGUACUGUUCACCCUGUUUGCCACGUACACACUUCUGCCAUUACCGCUGCUGUGGGCCAUCGGGGCUGGCUCACUAACUUCAACACUGCACCUUAUUGUAGAGACUGUACAGCACUUCAAUGAAGCGGGACUGCUGAGAAAGAUUCUUGCAAAGGCCUUGCUGUAUAUGAGUAUGAACACAGCAGGGCUAUUCAUCCAUUAUCUGAUAGACCGGGCACAGAGACAGGCCUUCCUCGAGACUCGGCGUUGCAUUGAAGGCCACAUGAAGCUGGAGAUGGAAAACAAAAGACAGGAGCGUUUGGUGUUGUCUAUACUGCCUCGCUUUGUUGCCUUGGAGAUGAUUGCUGAUAUGACCUCCAUGGAUGAUGAACUGCUGCCUCAGCAGUUUCAUAAGGUCUACAUCCAUCAGUACACCAACGUCAGCAUCCUCUUUGCUGAUAUCAAGGGAUUCACCCUGUUGUCCAUGACUAUGUCUGCACAGGAGUUGGUGCGCACCCUUAAUGAGCUCUUUUGCCGUUUUGAUCGUCUGGCUGAGGAACACCACUGCAUGAGGAUAAAGAUCCUGGGUGACUGUUAUUACUGUGUGUCUGGAGUCCCGGAGCCACAGAGAGCUCAUGCUCGGUGCUGUGUAGAGAUGGGUCUGGCCAUGAUCAUCACCAUACGAAAUGUGCGAAAGCAGCUGAACCAUGACAUGGACAUGCGGAUCGGGAUCCAUUCUGGCUCAGUUCUGUGUGGGGUUCUGGGCCUGCAGAAGUGGCAGUUUGAUGUGUGGUCCUGGGAUGUUGGCGUAGCCAACAUGCUAGAAGCAGGCGGUAUCCCUGGCCGUAUCCACAUCUCACGCGCCACGCUGGACUGCCUGGAGGGGAGCUACGAAACCGAGGAUGGCCGCGGUUAUGAACGCAGCGAGUUUCUGCGCAAACACAACAUCGACACUUUCCUCAUCUGCCCCAAGGAGGAGGAAAACGCUGUAGAGGUGGACCCUUCCAAAAUGCGCAUGACCACUCGCACCCCCAACACAGAUCAUUUAUUUGGCAGCGUCAAUAAUAUGAGCUGUAUCUUGGCCUCAUUCACAAGCGGCUCUCUGGUGCAGCUGCCCAAUUCGAGAAACAGGUAUUCCAGCUCCAAAGAGAUUAAUAAACGGAUAGAGCACGCUAUUGACCUGCGCAGCAGUGAGCGUAUGCAACAGGAGCACAUCACCCCUUACACACUGGUGUUCAAGGACACACACAUUGAGAAGAAGUUCUCCCAGAUGAGGGAUGAAACGUUUAAGACCAACCUGAUCUGCUCCUUCAUCAUGCUCCUCUUCCUCAUGGCAGUCCAGGCUCUUAUUCCUGCACCCAGGCCAUAUCCCAUGGUCGUCCAGUUCUGUGUGGUGCUGCUGGGAUAUCUGCUGUUGCUGGUGAUGGCUCUUGCUGAGGAGUUUAAACACUUCCCCAGUGCACUUCAACGAAUCUGCUGCUGGAUUCAUGAGAACAACUUUAUGCGCUCUCUGCUCACCAUCACCGCCAUAGCCUUGAACUUCGGCAUGGCUUCUGCUGACAUGAUGUGGUGUAACUUCAUGCAUGAAGAUGUGGAAAGCAGUGAAGAGACCAGCCAAAGACCUCUAACUGUCUGCACUUAUCCUGAGUUUUUCGUACUGAGUGGCGUUGUUUCCAUGGUUACCUGUGCAGUGUUUAUAAGACUCAGCUCCCUUCUAAAGCUCACCGUUCUGUUACUGGUAGCCACCGUCUAUACUUACUUUGUUGAAGUGGCCUUCCAUAGUCUUUAUGUCAAUCAACAAGAGCAGGAGCAAUUCUCCAGAUCUCACUACCUGAGAAGAAAAGGCAUCUCAGUUCUGUUAAUGGCGAUGUUUGUGAUAGCUGUGUUCUACAACGGGCGACAGUGGGAGGCCACAGCCAGACUGGACUUCCUGUGGCGUCUGCAGGCCCAACAGGAAGUGGAGGACAUGCGAGAGCUGAGAGAGCACAACGAGUGUCUGCUGCACAACAUCUUGCCUGCACAUGUCGCUCGCCAUUUUCUGGAAAGGAACAAGAACGAUGAUGAGUUGUACGCGCAGUCGUAUGAUGAGGUCGGCGUGAUGUUUGCCACCAUUGCUGGCUUUAAUGAGUACUACGAGCAGAAAGAGAUUAGGCAAGAAGGGGUGGAGUGUCUCAGGCUCCUCAACGAGAUCAUUGCUGACUUUGAUGAGUUGUUAGACGAGACGUACUUUUUGGAUAUUGAGAAAAUCAAAACCAUUGGGAGUUGCUACAUGGCAGCAUCUGGCUUAUCACCUAAUAAACAGACCCGUGGUGGCAGCGACUGGCAUCACCUGAGCGAACUGGUGCUUUUUGCUCUGGCAAUGCAAGAGACCUUGAGAGCGAUCAACAAACACACCUCCAACAACUUCCAGCUCCGUGUCGGAAUCGCACACGGACCUGUCGUUGCCGGGGUGAUCGGCGCUGCUAAACCGCAGUAUGAUAUCUGGGGGAUGACGGUAAACCUGGCGAGCCGCAUGGACAGCACGGGCAUCAGUGGGAGGAUCCAGGUCCCCGAGCCCACCAAGAAGAUUCUGUCCGACUGGGGAUUUGUGCUGGAGCUGCGUGGAGAGAUCUUCAUUAAGGGCGUGAGCGAGCGGCAGGGACGCAUACGCACCUACUUUAUCAGCAACAGCAGGGCUUACCGGACCAUCAACAUAUCCACGAAAGGGGGAAGGACAGCCGGACGCAGCAUAGGGAGGAACACGCUGGCUUCAGUGGUGUUUAGUCUCCUCCGGGCCAUCCAGAAAGAGAAGCAAAGUGGCACAGCUGGACGAUUCUCACAGUCCACGAACAGCAUGCAGUGUUAAUGUUAAAUAAGAAAACUGACACGACCUAUGAAAUGAGCUGUACUAGUUGCCUUCACUCUCCAAGAGAAAUUUCACCAAAUUUCAUAUUCCUCAACACUGCAUAGUUAUAAACAACAAAAUUCCCCAUUUUAUUCAUACACAAUCUAAUUCAUAUUUACAUGCCACAUCAAAGGUUACUAGACUUAAUAUCUUGAAACACUUUUCAUUUAUGCUGAAUUUAUUAAUAGAUACGUGUAAUCACAUGGUGAAAUUUCCUUUUAAGUACCCUAAGGACCAUUUUGAAUAAAGAGGCAGUGAGGCAAUUAUGUAUAUUGUAGCUCUCCAAGAGUAAAGCUAUAGUCCUGAGCCGUUACUUUACUAUCAUUUCAUUACCAUUCUUAACAUGCCAUAAUCAAUGACUUUUUCCUUCGGUUGAAUCAUUGUUGCUGUACCAAGGGCUCUUUAUUUACUUCAAUGAAUAAGUAAAUUUUUUUGAUGAGUACUUGGUGACUUUAGAAGCAAAAUUUAGUUAAUUCAGGAACAGAGCUUGACUAAUUCAGGUGCAGAAUUAUUAAGGAGCAGAAUUUUAAGCACAACAUGCAUAAUUCAGUAACAGAACUUGGCCAAGUCAGGGGCAGACCUUGGUUUGUUCAGAAACAGAACUUGUUUAAUUCAGGAUUCAUUCUUGGCUUACUCAUGAGCAGAACUCUGAAGUAGAACUAACUUAGUCAGGAGCAGAACCUUGUUAAGUCAGGAACAAAACUUGGAUAACUCAAGAUCAGAAUUUGGAUAAUUCAGAAGCAGAAUUUGGCUAACUCAGGACAGGAACUUGGAUAAUACAGAAGAAGAAUUUAUCAAAUUGAGGAGCAAGACUUCUAAGAGCAGAACCUGGUUGAUUCAUAUGCAGAACUUGACUAACACAGGAGCAGGAAAUGGCUAACUCAGGAGUAGAACUUGGCUAAAUCAGAAGCAGAACCUGGCUAAUGUGGGAGCAUUCAAAUUAAAAUUAAACUUGGAUAAUACAAGAGCAGAAUUUGGCAAAUUUGGAUGAUUGGUUGAAACUUGGUUGAUUGAUGUGCAGAACUUAAUUAAUUCAGGAGCAGAAGCAGAACUCGAUUCGUUUAAGAGAAUUUGGUUAAUUCAUGAGCAGAACUUGGCCAAUGUAGGAGUAUAUCUUCACUAAUUCAGGAGCAGAGUUUCAUCCAUCCAUCCAUUUUCUAUACCACUUAUCCUACACAGGGUCGUGGGGAGCUUAUCCCAGGGGACUUGGGGCACAAGGUGGGGGGACACCGGUGCCAACCUAUCACAGGGCACAAUCUGGGGGAGGAAACCGGAGAACCUGGAGGAAACCACAGUACACGAAGCACAGGGAGAAUAUGCAAACUCCGUGCACACAGGGCGGAGGCGGGAUUUGAACCGCCACCCCUGGAGGUGCAAGGCAAACAUUAGUUAAUGUGGCAAACUCAGGAUCGGGACUUGGUUAAUUCAGAACCAGAGCUUGGUUUAUCAGAAGAAUUUGUGACUGCACCCUUCUGUACCUUGUUUCAAUUGUGUUGUAAUUGUCUAGUCAUUUCAAGUGGUUCACAGUGGAAGUGGUUCAGGUGGAAGUCAACAUGGCCACGUUAAAAAUGGUAAUGAAAUGUGAUAUUUUUGGGAGAUAUGAUGCUGAUGAAUGUUGGGGCAGUUAUAACAUGUUCUAGCAGUAAUAGCAUGUGAAGUUUUAUCCUCAAUCUGCUGCGGUGACUGUAUCUACUGAAUCUCUUUGCCAUACUUGAAGCACAUUGACAUCUUAGUUUUAGUUGAAUAUUUAUAUACAUGCAGUAAUAUGUGCAGUCAAAGCCAACAGAGUCUCUAAGAAUCCGGUGUCAAAUUGUGUUGUUCUUUAUUUUAGAGAAUCUCCAUCUCAAGGCCAUGAUGGUGUAUGAAUACCUCACACUUACAUAGAUGCAUAUUGUAUACAAUUUUUUUUUUCACAUCCUAUUGUAUUGUAUUAUAUUCCAAAUAUUUUGUAUGCAACAUAUUAAAAACAAUACAAUUUUUA